UUACAGACAACAUGACCGGCCAACAGCAGGAGAAGUGGCAGCAGGUUGCCGAGCUAAUACAACGGCUGGGGCUGGUAUCCGGUGGCCAGGAUGAGCCGCGAACAGCCGCCCAGGUCGCGAGGAUGACUACCCGCCAACUCCUACAGGACCCAGUGCGGGCGGCCAUCUACAACCGGGGCUGGGCGGACCGUACGACGGACAUCCAGCGGAGGUUGCGGCCACACCGACCACCAUCAACAUCAACAACCGGCAGCCGCACACCGUCCCUGACAAGGCCACCACCCCCAGCAACGACACCUGCCCCCGUAACACCUGCGGAGCCGGCACCGGUACCCAGGCAAACGGGGGUACUCCCCGGCCCAACGGGAAAGGUGAGGACGGAGGCGCAGCAGGCACGGAACCGCCGGAAAUUCCAGCAGCUGAAGGAAAAGAGGAAGGCCAGGGAAAGCGAGGCAAGCCAACAACGUCGGCUUGCCAAGCAACCCGCGCCAACCUCAGACCCGGAAGCAGCCGGCACGCCUCCGGCCAACCCAACACCGAUGGAGGUGGACAAACCGGCAUCCAAGGACGACAAGUCCGAGGAGCCGGGACAGCCCACCAGCCAGGAGUCGCCAGACCAAUCAGAGGCCACGGUGGACAUAACCGAGGCAGAUUGGCUGGUGGCGUUCGAGGGGAUGCCGGAGUUGGACGACACUCACUCGUUCUACACUCCGGUAGGGUCCCCAAAACACCCCCAGUAA